UCAACCACAAGCUAUUGCAAGCUGGCUUGGCUGUCAGGAUGAUUUGUUUUCAAAGUAAAUGGUUGUCUGCUAGUGUCUUUGGCAGACCUGGAUGUAAAUGUUAACACUGGCGGCAUCUGAUUUGUAUCUUUUGCAGAUGGAGCAGGACAUUAACUGCAAAAAGUAUGAAUUCAACAGUGAGGAACUGGAUGAGAUUGCAAGCAAAAUAUCUGACCUGGACAAAUGGAGGGGAAUCUUUAGCUCUCAAGUGUUGGAAUUAAAUGAUGCUUCAAGUAAGAAACAGAAACAGCAGGAAAGCCGUAAGUCAGAGGAUGAGAGUGAAGAUGGAACUGGAGCCACUUCUGGCACCAAGUCUCAUGGACAAGUUGCUAACUUUAAUGUCCUUUAUUCUAUUCCCAAACCCCUUACCAUCUCUUCCAGUUUGGGCGGCAUUCCUAUCACAAUGGAUAUGGCAGGGAACCUUAGAAAGAUUUUGUUUGGGAGCACCUUCCACAUCUUCAACUAUGAAUGGAAGAAAUCCUACUUCAAGUUCCGGGAGCCUUUCUCUGACUUGUCAUACGCCCUGGAAGCAGAAAGGGGAGGAUCCAGUGCAAUCCAGAUGGCUGUGCAGGCAAACAUUAUCAGAUACCUGCUCUUCACAGGAAACAACGGAACAGAACGCGUCUGCUUACAAUAUUUGUAUGACGUCAGUCCGAAAAAACAGGAAGAGGCCCUGGCAGCUGCCCUGUCUGAUAUUCUGUGGUCAGCAGGCGAGUCACAGAGUGGGUCAGUCUGUCUUGUGUCCACAGACUCCUACUUUACACCAAGCACUGAGUACAAAGUGGACAACUUCACAGAGAGGGUUCAGCUGUUUAAAUUCAGUGAAAAAGAAACCAUGCAGAAAUUCAUCUACGAUCAUAUACAAUGUUUUAAAGAAGAAGGAAGCCACGGAGUGAUUCUCUUCCUGUACAGUUUGAUUUUCUCAAGGACUAUUGACAGGCUAAGAGAAGAUCUUGACUCUACUACACCCCACCUCUUGCUUUCAAGUCUGGGGAAUUUUGUUUGCCGGCAGGCUCUGUUGAACCUGAUGUUGACAGGCAGGGCCAGCCCCAAUGUCUUCAAUGGCAACAUUCAGUAUGAUGACCAAGGCAGUCCCCUGCCAGUCCCCCUGCACGGAGUCCUCAUCCGCAGUGAUGUGGGGUACUUACACUGGAACCGGGAGCUGCUGCAACGUGGCAAGCUCCCAAUGGUGGGAAGCAUGUUGAAGACCCCUAAACUGCCCAUCUGGCUGUGCAACAUCAAUGCAACGUACAGCGUGUUGUUCAGUACAAACCGUUCACUCCUGUCCGACUGGAAAAUGGAACACCUGUUCGACCUGUACUUGUACAGUGGACAGCCGGCACAGAACCACACGGUUAUUCUCACCAUAGACACUCACUCUCAUCACUGGGAAGAGGGGCAUGGUAAAGGCGAGGGGGAUCUGGAGAAACGGUUCCCUUCUGUGGAGAUGACAAUAAGGACUAAAUGGGAAGGAGCAGCCAUUGACUGGAAUGGAACGGUUCCAUUUUUCUAAAUAAAGGAACACCUUUUACACUGCGGCCUCAGCACCUUCUUUUGAAGUUUCUGCUUCAGUUCAUCAAUAGUUUACAUUGUUCUUAUGAGAAAAGGGAUCACUCAUUUUCCAAAAUGAUUUUUAUGAGAAAACCCGCUAUAUACUUGCAAUUCACUUGCUGCUCACUUUCAACGCUGAUUCAAUUAUGUAAUUAAGUGAGCAUGAUUACAUUUAUUACAUGUAUACUAAUUUAUUCAAGGCAAAAUGUGUUAAAGCAUACCUUCCUAUUUAUAAGUAGGCACAUAUGAUCAUAAUUAAUUCCAGACUUGCUUAUACUGGUUUACACUACGUUUCUAAGUGUAUGCAUAUAUACUGUAAAUUGCAUAUGGUGGAAUAAACUUAAAC